AUGAGGGUGGAGAAGUGUUGGUUCUGUUCCUCGAAUAUAUACCCCGGACAUGGUAUCCAGUUUGUCCGCAACGAUGCUAAGAUUUUUCGAUUUUGCAGAUCCAAGUGCCAUAAGAACUUCAAAAUGAAGAGAAACCCACGCAAGGUAAAAUGGACCAAGGCCUAUAGAAGGUUGCAUGGGAAGGACAUGACACAGGAUUCGACCUUUGAGUUUGAGAGAAAGCGAAAUAGGCCUGAGAGAUAUGACAGGAAUGUUACUGAGAAUACUCUGAAGGCUAUUAAGAAGAUUGACAAGGUCAGAUCGGAGCGGGCAGCAAACCACAUAGAGAAGAGGUUGAGGGUCAGGAAAGGCAAGGAGCGGAGGGAGGCAAGUAAAGAAGUGGAUCAGUCGAUUCACUUGGUCCAGGCUCCUCAAGCACUUCGACAAGAAUCUCUCACCUUACCCAAGGUCAAAGUCCAGGUUUCUCAACAAAACAGCGAGCAAAAUCAGGCAAUGGAAGAGUGA